UUUUUUACUAUUGUUCUUGACUGGAAAGGGCCUGAAAUGAGUUUCUUUGGUGUCUGGUGUCUAGUGUCUAGUGUCUAUUCUUUAAAGAAAUAAAUUGCAUAAUAGGGGUGGAGGUUGUAGCAGAGUGACAAACGUAUAGGUACUCAGAUUCAGACAUAUAGAUCCACUUAUAAAUACAGGCUAGAGAAUAUCAUCCUUCCUGUUGAACUCCCUUAACAUAUCUGUGUUCUCAGACCUCAAGGUUCUCAGCGACAUGAAGCCAGCAGGUGCCUUUCUGCUUUUGAUCAGCCUGACCUGUGUGUUCCUCUCUGUAGAUGCUGUGAGCCAAGGAGGCUUUCAGGCUUUUUGCAGAAACUAUGAGAAGACACUGGCCCCAGAUGGAAAAUCAUGCCUAAAGAUCCACAAGCCAGUAUGUGGCACUGAUGGAAAAACUUACCAAAACCGCUGUGAAUUCUGCCAAACAGCCAUGGAAAGAAGUUUUGGAAAAGUUGGUUUCAAACAUGAAGGAAAAUGCUGAUUCCUCUAACAUCGAAAUGCUGGGUGCACCUUUGGUUUGAAUUUUACACUAAGACAUGUGUUCCCUCUUACCCAGUUUCUACAGCAGUGUGCUUCCCACCAAUUAUUAUGCACAAAACAGAAUUUCAAUAAAGCUAUAUGAGUAACACCAAUGCUUUGUUUCAUGUAAUGAAAGCACAUCUAAUUAAUUAACUUAGGUAGAAUGUACACUCUUCAAUAUGAAAUGAGAAAUUUGAAAACUAAACCGGCUACUACUGCACUUACCAGACCCAGAACUGCCCUAUCAGUGUGCAGUUCAUCUGUAGCUAUGCAGAGAGUCUGAAGGAAGUAAAAUAGGAUGCUAUGAAGUAAACAUAUAUGUACCUGACGCAAGGUGUUGGAAUAGUUGUUUUUCCUAAGGGAAAUUUUGAGUUGUAUAAUGCUUCUACUCAAGUAUUGAGGUCAAAAAUCAAUAAAAGAUGUAC